AUGGCCUCUGCAGGCCCUGUGCCCUCCCCACGAUGUCUGACCACCUCAAGCCAGGGAGGCCAGCCGGCCGGCACGCAGCGGGACGUGGCUGCCUUCUCUGCGAGCAGAGGGAAGGGCAUUUACCGGGAGCCUAAGGAGCCUCUGAGUCUCCACUCGGGUCUCCGCCGGGACAGCUGGACUAGCACCGCCGCCGCCGCCGCCGCCACCUCUUUCCAGCAGCCGCAGUCGCAACCGUUAAGGCUCCAACCGGCUCGCUGCGACUGUGGCCCGCGAGGCCAGCUGUUGAAUGGCUCGCGUCGAGCGCGCGGGGUGCAGAAGCGUCUCCGCCGCAUCCAAGCCGCCGACGCAGGCGCGCGCCCCAGUGCCAACGCCCCGCGCGCCCCUCGCCCCGCCGCGGCCCUGGCGCGCUCGCCGCAGCUGCCUCCUGGCUCCGGCCUUCUGGCUCCCGGCUGCGGGUUCGCCCGCCUGCCCGCCCGCUCCCCUCGGUGGGCUCUUGCCAAGCAGAUUGCCUCCCCUCGCGGGCUCCGCCCCCUCGCUGCCAUCCCUCAACUUGCCCGCAGGACCAAUGGCAACCAUGGCCUAGUCCCGCCCCUUCGAUUCCCCCAGGGCCAAUCGCCUUCUCCUGAGGACCCAUUCAAGGCCCCGGGAGACCAGAGAACAGAACUGAUCCGAAUCCAGAUCGCGCCUCCGAAGGGCACAAAUUUCCAAAAGAAUAAUCCGGUGCAUAAGUUAACUGAGGAGGAGCUGUUGGCAUUUACAACAUGUUUGCUUUCACAACCAAAGUUCUGGGCCAUUCAGACAUCAGCCUUGCUCCUCCGGACAAAACUUGAAAGAGGAAGCACACGCCGAGUGGAACGGGCAAUGAGGCAGACACAGGCUCUUGCAGAUCAAUUUGAAGAUAAGACUACAUCUGUAUUGGAACGUCUGAAGAUGUUCUAUUGCUGUCGAGUACCACCUCACUGGGCCAUUCAGCACCAACUUGCAAGUUUACUCUUUGAGCUUGGAUGUACCAGUUCAGCUCUUCAGAUAUUUGAGAAGCUAGAAAUGUGGGAAGAUGUUGUCAUUUGUUAUGAAAGAGCCGGGCAGCAUGGGAAGGCAGAAGAAAUCCUUAGGCAAGAGCUGGAGAAAAAAGAAACACCAAGUUUAUACUGCUUGCUUGGAGAUGUCCUUCGCGACCACUCCUACUACGACAAGGCCUGGGAGCUGUCCCGGCACCGCAGUGCCCGUGCGCAGCGCUCCAAAGGCCUCCUUCAUCUGCGGAGCAGGGAGUUUAAGGAAUGUGUGGAGUGCUUUGAACGCUCGGUGAAGAUCAAUCCCAUGCAGCUCGGUGUGUGGUUUUCUCUCGGCUGUGCCUGUUUGGCCUUGGAAGACUACGGAGGGUCAGCGAAGGCAUUUCAGCGUUGUGUGGCUCUAGAACCUGACAAUGCUGAAGCUUGGAACAAUUUAUCAACAUCUUAUAUCCGAUUAAAACAAAAAGAAAAAGCUUUUAGAACUUUACAAGAAGCCCUCAAGUGCAACUAUGAACACUGGCAGAUCUGGGAAAACUACAUUCUCACUAGCACCGAUGUUGGGGAAUUUUCAGAAGCCAUUAAAGCUUAUCACCGGCUCUUGGACUUACAAGACAAAUACAAAGAUGUUCAGGUCCUUAAAAUUCUGGUCAAGGCAGUGAUUGAUGGGAUGACUGAUCGAAGUGGAGAUAUUGCAACUGGCCUCAAAGGAAAGCUGCAGGAGUUAUUUGGCAGAGUAACUUCAAGAGUGACAAAUGAUGGAGAAAUCUGGAGGCUAUAUGCCCAGAUAUAUGGAAAUGGGCAAAGUGAAAAGCCUGAUGAAAACGAAAAGGCGUUCCAGUAUCUAUCUAAGGCAUACAAGUGUGACACACAGUCCAGUUGUUGGGAGAAAGAUAUUACAUCAUUUAAGGAAGUGGUUCAGAGAGCCUUAGGACUCGCACAUGUGGCUAUAAAAUGCAGUAAAGGCAAAUCCAGUCCUCAGGAGGCUGUACAAGUGCUUUCUUCGGUUCGACUCAAUUUACGGGGCUUGUUAUCUAAAGCAAAGCAACUUUUUACAGAUGUGGCAAGUGGAGAAAUUUCCGGGGAGUUAGCUGAUGAAAUAGCAGCUAUGGACGCCUUGGUAGUAGAGCUCCAAGACCUAAGCAACCAAUUUCGAAAUCAGUAUUGACCAUUCUGGGAACAAUUUCUGGAAAAGGCACUUUCACCUUCUGGAAGUUCUCUUAUACCUGUGUAUCUGAAACACAAGAUAUUGAUUUUUUAAAUAAAUUUCUUUUU